GGGAAGAAUUGGUAAGCCGUACCCAUAAAAUUCAUAACAAGAAUCUCCUCCAAAAUAAACGAGGUUCAACCUUCAACACAUCACACAGCUCGAAAAUGGCGGGUGCUGGUGGCGGAAAGGUCUCCUUCAAAGUCACUCUCACCUCAGACCCCAAGCUCCCUUUCAAAGUGUUUAGUGUUCCAGAGGCCGCGCCCUUCACCGCUGUCCUCAAAUUUGCCGCUGAAGAAUUUAAGGUGCCCCCGCAAACCAGCGCCAUCAUCACCAAUGAUGGCGUUGGAAUAAAUCCUCAACAAAGUGCUGGCAAUGUCUUCCUCAAACAUGGCUCUGAACUACGCCUGAUUCCUCGUGAUAGGGUUGGAGCUGCCUGAUCUCUCUGCAAAUGUAAACUACAAUCUCUGUCUACUCGCCUUAGUUAAUUGGCUUAAUUUGCAAUCCUCAAGCUGGGAGAAUUUCAUACUUGUUUAUCACAUUAUUGUAACUGAUUACAACCGAUGUCCUGCUUAAUUAAAUAAAUGAGCCUCCUUAUUUCGGGACACUCUUUUUAAUCA